UCAAAACUGAGACACCAUCGCAGAAAAAUGACCUUGAGGUUCCAGAAAAGUAUCCGGAAUCCGCGACGCAGAGGAUCAAAAACCCCUCUCUGCAAAAACUCGGUAACCUUGGAAGCAACUCCAUACCUUCAUCCCUAUAUGGAAAGUGCCAGUUGGCUUUACCUGGACACGGAUCCUACUAUUCCGAUCGACCAACCCGUGAUGCAUCCUCACAAUCUGGAUUACGCGAUGCCACCCCCCAGGAGAAAAACAAAUUGCUCCCAAUUUCAUCAUUGCCGACAUCGUCGAGUAGUUAGCGACCCUGGCUUCAAGAACUGGAAUAUCGCGGAACCCUCAGCCUCUGAGUUGAAAAAACACCGGCGAGUAUCCAGUUUUAAUGAGGAAGCUGUUAUCUGUCUCGAGGAAUCGAUGAACAAACAAAAUCAAGAAUACUUCUUCAGUGAAGAUACGAGAACCUCCACCUUUAGAAAAGUGCCAUGGCAUCCCUACUUGCACAUGCUAAAAAUUCGACCAUCUUAAAAAAGCCGAUAUCUGCUAUGAUGGACCUAGA